AUGGGCAACGCACGCCAUCCUCACAAAGGUGGGGAGGAGGGUGGGGAGGAGGCUGGGGAGGAGGCUGGGGAGGAGGGUGGGGAGGAGGCUGGAGAGGAGGGUGGGGAGGAGGGUGGGGAGGAGGGUGGGGAGGAGGGUGGGGAGGAGGGUGGGGAGGAGGGUGGGGAGGAGGGUGGGGAGGAAGGUGGGGAGGAGGGUGGGGAGGAGGCUGGGGAGGAGGCUGGGGAGGAGGCUGGGGAGGAGGGUGGGGAGGAGGCUGGAGAGGAGGGUGGGGAGGAGGCUGGGGAGGAGGCUGGGGUGGGGCGGAAUGGGGUGGGGCAGAAAGGGGUGGGGCGGAAUGGAGUGGGGCAGAAAGGGGUGGGGCGGAAUGGGGUGGGGCGGGGCGGAAUGGGGUGA